GUGUAUUAAUUAAUUAAUUAAAUAGUUAAUAUUCGGUUUGUGAAAUUUUAUAUUAAUUCUGUGAAUCUGCGUUUCUAUAUUUUCACUAUAACGCUUUCCUAAUUCGUAAUUCGUUUCGGGCUGAAAGCAGAAGAAGCAGAAGGAAGAAAGAAAGAGGGAGAAGAGGUAGAGAAAGAGAAAGAGGAGGGAGAUCUUGUAAAUAAGGAAACCCUAGUUUUUCCUUUUUUGGCUUAUUUUUCUAAAUUUUCCCAUUAAUUUUCAGUUCCAACCUGCUACUGUUGCCAAUAAGGAAUCUCUUCUUCUCUUGUCAUUGCUUCAAUCGAACAAGAGUGAAGGAGUUUUGUGGGAUUGGGUAUUAUAUAGGAAGGCGCAAAGAUGAUGUCCAGAUCGUAUACAAAUCUUUUAGAUUUGGCCUCUGGGAAUUUCCCGGCAAUGGGGAGGGAGUCUAGGGAGAGGAGGCGGAUGCCGAGGGUUAUGAGUGUUCCAGGGUUUCUCACUGAGGUAGAUGAUGAUCAGGCAGUUAGUGUUUCCUCCGAUAACCCGUCGACAAUUACUACGGAUAGAAUGAUCAUUGUGGCUAACCAGUUACCAUUGAAGGCAAAGCGAAGAGAGGACAACAAAGGGUGGUCUUUCAGUUGGAAUGAAGAUUCGUUACUUUUACAGCUUAAGGAUGGACUUCCGGAUGACAUGGAAGUUCUUUAUGUUGGUUCCUUACGCGUAGAUAUUGAUCCAGCAGAACAGGAUGACGUGUCUCAGAAUUUGUUGGAUAAAUUCAAAUGUGUUCCGACUUUUUUACCUGCUGACGUUUUGGCAAAAUUUUAUGAUGGUUUUUGUAAAAGGCAGUUGUGGCCACUUUUUCAUUACAUGUUACCAUUUUCAACUGACAAAAGCCAUCGAUUUGAUCGCACUUUGUGGGAAGCUUAUGUGCUAGCAAACAAGCUAUUUUUUCAGAAGGUAGUUGAAAUAAUAAACCCUGAGGAUGAUUACAUUUGGAUUCAUGAUUAUCAUUUGAUGGUGCUGCCUACUUUUAUUAGAAGGCGUUUUAACAGGGUUAAAAUGGGAUUUUUCCUGCAUAGCCCCUUUCCAUCAUCAGAGAUUUACAGGACUCUUCCUGUAAGGGAAGAGAUACUGAAAGCUUUGCUAAACUCUGAUAUCAUCGGAUUCCAUACCUUUGACUAUGCUCGUCAUUUCCUUUCCUGCUGCAGUCGUAUGUUGGGUCUGGAGUAUCAGUCUAAGAGGGGUUAUUUAGGAUUGGAGUAUUAUGGAAGGACCAUCAGUAUUAAGAUUAUGCCUGUUGGUAUUCACAUGGGUCGGAUUGAUUCAGUCAUGAGAAUGGCAGUUGAGGAGACCACAGUUAAGGAGCUCAAACAGAAAUUUGAAGGAAAAACCAUCUUACUUGGUGUUGAUGACAUGGACAUUUUUAAAGGAAUAAAUUUGAAGAUUUUGGCAAUGGAGCAGAUGCUCAGACAGCAUCCUAAAUGGCAAGGAAGAGCUGUUCUGGUCCAAAUAGUUAAUCCUGCUAGAGGGAAAGGGAUACAUCUGGAGGAGAUACAUGCUGAAAUACAAGAAAGCUGCACCAGGAUCAACAGAGUGUUUGGGCGGCCUGGUUAUGAACCUAUUGUUUUUAUAGAUAGAGCAGUAUCUAUUGCUGAAAAAGUUGCCUAUUACAGCAUUGCUGAGUGUGUUAUUGUCACAGCUGUAAGGGAUGGAAUGAACCUCACUCCUUAUGAAUAUAUUGCUUGUAGACAGGGAAUAUCUGAUUCUGAAUCAUGUUCUAAUGCCAGUGACCCAAAGAAGAGUAUGCUGGUGAUAUCAGAAUUUAUUGGGUGUUCUCCAUCACUUAGUGGGGCAAUUCGUGUCAAUCCAUGGAAUGUUGAAGCAACUUCAGAGGCAAUGAAUGAGGCUAUCUCAAUGAGUGAUGGGGAGAAACAGUUGCGGCAUGAGAAGCAUUACCGGUAUGUCAGCACCCAUGAUGUUGCUUACUGGUCACGUAGUUUUUUGCAAGACAUGGAGCGGGCUUGCACAGACCUUCUAAGGAAGAGAUGUUGGGGAAUAGGUCUUAGCUUUGGAUUUAGAGUUGUGGCACUUGAUCCUAAUUUUAAAAAGCUCUCAAUUGAUGCUAUGGUCUCAGCUUACAAGAGGGCAAAGAGUAGGGCCAUUUUGUUGGACUAUGAUGGUACUGUGAUGCCGCAGAACUCCAUUAACAAGAGUCCAAGCAAGGAGGUCUUGUCUAUUAUGGAAUCACUUAGUGCAGACCCAAAAAAUAUUGUUUUUAUUGUUAGUGGAAGGGGGAGAGAGAGCUUAAGUGAGUGGUUUGCUCCCUGCGGAAAACUUGGAAUUGCCGCAGAACAUGGGUACUUCUUGAGAUGGGGCCACAAUGGAGAAUGGGAAAUUUGUGGUAAGUCCUCCGACUUUGGAUGGAUGCAGAUAGCUGAACCUGUGAUGAAACUAUAUACUGAGGCAACUGAUGGCUCCUCAAUCGAAAGAAAAGAAAGUGCUUUAGUCUGGCAGUACCGUGACGCAGACCUUGGUUUUGGAUCUUCUCAGGCUAAGGAAAUGUUAGAUCAUCUAGAAAGUGUUUUGGCCAAUGAGCCCGUUGCCGUGAAGAGUGGCCAGUUUAUUGUUGAAGUAAAACCACAGGAUGUGAGCAAAGGUUUGGUGGCCGAAAGGAUAUUUUCGUCAAUGGACGGGAAAGGCAAGCAGGCUGACUUUGUGCUGUGUGUUGGCGAUGACAGAUCAGAUGAGGACAUGUUUGAAAUAGUUAGUAGUGCAAUUUCAAGGAAUAUUCUUGCCUCCAAUGCUUCUGUGUUUGCUUGCACAGUUGGACAAAAGCCAAGCAAAGCAAAGUAUUAUCUGGAUGAUACAACCGAGGUAACAAGCAUGCUAGAAUCUUUGGCCGAAGAAUCAGAUUCUUCACCCUGCAUACAAGAAACUGGGGAUUCCUCUCGGAGGCAAGUAUCAGUUCAGGUUUCUCUGAUUUAGAUGAUCAUGAUUUUUUUUAAUUGGGAUGUAAUAUUCGUGGUGACAUUUGGGGCGUUUGCAGAGUAUGUUUUCAUAAAUUUUUUCUUUCUUUUGCUUUUCUUUCUUCUAUUAUAUAUUACAUAUAUUUUUGGGAGAAUCCCGUCAUUAUUUUCUGUUCCGUUAUUCAUAACUUUGGUUGGUUGUGGUGUAGCAGCAGACAAAGAUGUUAGUUUGGUUUUUAUGUCCUAUAACAAAGGAAGAAAAUAGUGGAA